ACGAAGCUCAAUCAUUGGCGCGAAAUGACUGAACAUAUUCUCAUCGAUUAAACCGGAAGUUAUACUAAUCAAAACCACCAGAAAAAAAACGAGAAUCAUGGCUGCUGGUUACGACGGUCAUUACAUGAAAAGACAGAAAACUGACGAUGGUGUACGUGGUUAUGAAGAGUCAUAUGAAAGGCAGGAUCAAAGGACCGAAGAAAGACACCGACCGGAUAGACACAGUCCAGAUGUUUCCCCAGUAGUUCAUAUUCGUGGUUUACCAGAUCGUGUCAUAGAAGACGAUAUUGUUGCAGCUGUUCAACAUUUUGGAUCUGUUGCAUAUGUCAUUCUUAUUCCAAGACGCAAUCAAGCUCUCGUUGAGUUUACAGAUGUGAAAGGAUCUUCAGCAUGUGUAAACUUUGCUAAUGCUAAUCAACUGUUGAUACGGGGGCAGCCGGCAUACUUCAACUACUCGACCAGUCAGAGAAUCCAGAGACCAAAUGAUGUUGAGACAGGUGGUCAGCCAUUUGCUCCGGCCAACAAGAUACUUCUCUUCACAAUCCUUAAUGCUAAAUAUCCAAUAACAGUGGAUGUUAUGCACACAAUUUGCUCUCCACAUGGACGUGUUGAGAAAAUUGUCAUCUUCAAGAAACAGGCUGUACAAUCUAUGGUCCAAUUUGAAAAUGCUGAUUCAGCGAAGAAUGCUAGAGAACAACUGAAUGACUGCGACAUUUACUCUGGUUGCUGUACUCUCAGAAUUGAGUAUGCAAAGACUGAUGAGUUACAUGUUAGAGCCAAUAACAAUGAGAGUUGGGAUUACACUGUUGCACAGCAGACACCUCCCCGCAAAAAUCCACCUCUUCUGGCAGAUCCAAGAUUUACAGCUGCUCCAACACCAUAUGAUGAGUUUGAGGAUUUUCCACAACAAGGUCAGAGUGCCCAGGCAAGACAAGGUUAUGGAGGGCAGUAUGUGGAGGGUGAACCUGGGUUUGACCAAGGCGGAUACGCCCAGCAAGCAGGGCGUGGCAUGGGCAGAGGCAUGGCACCAGGACAAAGAAUGGCACCACAGCAGUUUGGACAAGAGGCGCAGGUAGGAUUUGGACGUGGAAGAGGACCACCAAUGAGGCAAGAUCAAGGUGGCUAUGGCAUGCAGCAACAGGGAGGCUACUCUGAUCAGCCUCAGAUGAUGCAAGGAACUGGGCCGCAGACUGGUUCAGUAUUGAUGAUUUAUGGACUGGAUGGACAGAUGAACUGCGACAGGGUCUUCAAUAUACUCUGUUUGUACGGCAAUGUUUUAAGGAUAAAGUUCCUGAAGUCUAAGGAAGGGGCGGCUAUGGUACAGAUGGGUGAUGGAAUGGCAGUUGAGAGAGCAAUGUAUAACCUGAAUGGUGUAGAGUUGUUCGGAAAGAAGUUGAAUCUCACGGUAUCGAAGCAGCCAUACUUACAGGAAGUUAACAACCCGCAUGAUUUAAGUGAUGGCUCCUCCUCCUACAAAGAUUGCCAGGGUAACCGGAACAACAGGUUCUCCACACCCGAACAAGCGAACAAAAAUCGUAUCACAGGCCCUUCAGAAACACUGCAUUAUUUCAAUGCUCCGCCCAAGAUUGGGGAAGAUGAUAUGAGACAGGUGUUCACAGAUGGUGGUGCAGAAGAGUUUAGCAAGAUCAUGCAGUUUCCUAGUAAAUCUGAGAGAAGUUCUACAGGCUUGUUGGAAUGGAAUUCAAAAUCAACGGCAAUGGAAGCCUUGGCUCUGGCCAAUCAUUCCAUGGUACCAAACCCUGCAGGUGGAAGACCAUAUUCACUGAAGCUGUGUUUCUCUCCAGGGAAUAUCCGAGACAGCCAGUAAACAGUAUGAUCUAAACCAGCAAUCUUUACAGAAUCAAUCUUAUGUUGUAGUUACAACCAUUGAUGUUGGUGUACAUCAUUGAUAGACUUAAUAGUUUGAAUUUCUCUCAUUUCACACACAUUGUAAUUGUAUUGAUAUGCUACCAUCAAAAGUUGUAUACUCCUGAAAGUGUAUUGAUUUAAUAUACUGAAAAUCAUCUAUGGAAUUUACAGCUUCUUUGUAAAGAUAUAAUUAUUACUCUUUUAGAAUUUUCUAUAUGAACAAAAAAAAAUGUCUUAUGUUGAUAUUUUAUUUUGAAGAAUUUGCAAAGGAAUCAAUUAGUCUGUUAUAAUUGAAGAACUUUAUAAUCAGAUCUAGUUCUUGAAACAAUGGAGUGGUAUUCAUUUUACAGAAACAAAUGCAUGAUUGAAUUUGGAAAGAUUUUAUCUUCUUUCUUUAAAAAAAUGCUUAUGAUAUAUUUUUUAAUUUUCUUGUUUUUCUUAAAGGUAAAGCAUAAAGAAAAAAAAUGUUAAGAUUUCUUGUCAUUGAUUUUUAUUCUUAUAAUCAUGUUUGUUAAAACAGUAAAUUUUUGUAUUUUUAGCUCCAAUUUUCAAACAAAAGUUGUUGUGACUCUCUUGAAUGUGGUGUUUGUUAAAUUUUUUUGGUUAUUGUUAAGGUUUUAAUUUAAGGUCAUUAACUUUAAAGCGGCAUUCAGCUUUUCUAGAAGUUAGAUAUGUUUUUUUAGAUAAAUCAUUCAAAAAAUAAAUGUCAAAUCAGAGGAAUGUAGAUGGAAAAUGAAAUUUAAUGCCGAUAAAAUACAUAAACACUGGUACCUAUAAUAGCAAAACAUAAAAUUAGUCAUUAAAUCAAAGUGCAGCUCACUAUCCCAUACUAAGAUUAGUGUAGGGCGCUACUCCUUGGACAGCACUUGUUUAAAUUGAUACCUGAAUUAUUAAGGACUAAGUGCUUUGAACAAAACAUUUGAAAAUUACUUGAAUCUGUGAAAAUGACCUUUGAAACAAUUAAGCAUAAUAUUUUCAUUUUGUAUUUUUUUUUUACCGGAAUUUUUUUCGAGAAAAAAGGCAAUAUGCCAAAAAAAAAGGAGAAGGAAAGCAGGGUUUAUAUGGCAAAUAUUUUGAAUGUUUCAAAGACAAUAAAAUUGAUUUGAUUAUGAAAUGAAAUAAAAAUGAAAGUACCAAUGUGAAAAUUAUAAUUUGUAAUCUUAAAUGUGUAAGUCAGUUAAGAUGAAAAGUAGUUUUCUGUUGUUUGUGUCACCCUUUACAUGUAGAAUAUUGUCACAAAUUAUAAACUGAACCAAACUUUUCUAAAUUGUUUUUUCUUUCUUUUUCAUAUUAGAUUGUUAAUAGUGUCUUUAAGAAUCAUGGAUCAUUAUCAUUGUUGUUGAUUUUUAUGUUGUUUGAUAAAAUUUGACGUCAUCUUUGAACAUUGUAGUACAUUUUGUCAGCUCUAGUAAAAUAAAAUUUCUGUCUUAAGA